AUGAACAACCUUCCAAAGAUCACAACAAGCCCUCAGCCCCUGAGCCCAGCCACUGCCACGAGCGAACCCAUGUCCUUUCAUACAGCGCAAGCCGACGAUUUGUACCAAGACAAUGUUACAACAGCCGAUGACGCUGCUGCCUUAGCAAGCUCCUCUAACGCUUCGAGCACUAGAGAAGCUGAGGCAAAGUUCUCCAUGGUUGAGAUGAGAUUCGCAAUAACCUCUGGCAUCCCUGUUCUACUUCACAUCAACCACGCUCUCCGACCGACGAAGACCAUCACGUUGCCGUUACACGUACCGCAGUCUCAUAUGAAACAACACUUUGCAAUCGGCACCCGCAUAACUGGCGACUUGUACCGGUAUACCGUCGAUCCAGCCAAUGAGCCCGCCCUCAUUGCUUUCUUGCACUGGAUCAAGUGCGGCCAGUUUCCAGUCCUCGGAUUCGAGCCCAAAAAGCGCCUGGCUCAUUUGAUGGAGUGCUGGAAAUUUGGCUACCGCAUCCAAGCUCGAGGCUUCGUGAACGUGGUCAUGGAAACCAUAUUUGCGCUCGACGACAAGUCCUGGGACAUUGCCUGUUUCCCGCCCGGUCUAAAAGUCAACCACGAGUUGGGAGACGUCGUGGCAUACAAGGCAUGGUUCUGCAUAGUGACGGGUCGAUACGCGGCGACGUCCCAUCUUUUGAACGGUGUUCCCACUGAACGCUUCCAUCGAGCUUGCAUUUAUCUGUGCUACCACUAUAGGCAUAACGAGCAAGAUGAGCCAUCAAGUGGCUCUUUGAAAGAUCACAUGGAGAUGUUCAUGAUGGAAGAUUGCGACUGGAUCGAUUAG